AUGGGCGAAUCUGCAGGCAUCUCCACUGCCCCUCUCCAGGGGGAGUCUCCCACUACUGCAACAGGCCUCUUCAUCCCUCCAAGUAUAGAUCACUCUCGGCUUUUCGCCGGGGAGUCCUAUUCUUACUAUUCACCCUGUCCUCCCGUCAUUGCAACCUCCAAAGUUAAUGAACCUACUACGAACUCUUCACCAAAUUACCUUAUCUUGGGUGUAGACGAGGCCGGACGCGGUCCAGUUCUAGGCCCCAUGGUCUACAGCGCCUUCUACUUGCCCCAAGAUCUGCACCAUACUCUCUUGACUCGUGACUACAGCUUCAACGACAGCAAAGCCCUCACUCCCGGCGUACGCGCUAAUCUCAUGAAGCUACUAUGUACCCCGGGAAAUCCCUUACACGAAUCCUGCGGAUGGGCCGUGAAGCUACUAUCAGCGCGUGACAUCUCGUCCGGUAUGAUGCGGCCUGGAACGGGAGCUUAUAACCUGAAUGCGCAAGCAAUGGAUGCUACCAUUGAACUCAUCCGUGGAAUCAUUGAAGAUCGCAACAUGGACGUGCGAGAGGUCUACAUCGAUACGAUUGGAAACCCCGCAACCUACCAACAGAAACUCGAGAAGAUAUUUCCAUCACUCAGAAUCACCGUGGCGAAGAAGGCCGACUCGUUAUAUCCGUGCGUGAGUGCUGCAAGUGUUGCUGCCAAAGUCACCAGAGACGUCGCAUUAGAUCUCUGUCAUCAAGCUAUAUACGAAGACACCCAUGCGGAAGAUUCACCGAGGGCGGUGGUGCCGCAGAGUUGGGGAAGCGGCUAUCCCUCUGAUUCAAAGUGUGCCAAUUGGUUAAAGAAAAACAUGGAUCCGAUUUUCGGAUGGGGCAACGAAUGCCGAUUCAGUUGGGGCACCGCAAAAGAGUUGCUCGAGUUGAAGGGAAGGCCAAAGGUCGAUUGGCCUGGAGAAGAAGAAAAUACGCAGCUCAGGGACUUCCUCUUAUCUUCGACCAGUAACACUACAAAAGCUCAGCAUGAGUUGCUGGAAUGGUACGGGGCAAGGUCCACAGAGGUCCUCUCUUAG